CGAGGCUGCCUUCAGUCUGCUGCGUCGGCCCGGCCAGCAGCAGCCCGACGAGGAGGCUCCGCGCCGCCCGCUCGCCCCCGCUCCGGCCCCGCCAUGGCCUCCCUGCUCUGCUGCGGGCCCAAGCUGGCCGCCUGCGGCAUCGUGCUCAGCGCCUGGGGCGUCAUCAUGCUGAUUCUCCUGGGGAUUUUCUUCAACGUUCACUCGGCUAUUCUCAUCGAAGACGUUCCCUUCACGGAGGAAGAUUUCAAGGACGGCCCGGAGAAGAUUCACCGCCUCUACGAGCAAGUCAGCUACAACUGCUUCAUUGCGGCCGGGCUGUAUGUGCUGCUCGGGGGCUUCUCCUUCUGCCAGGUCCGGCUGAACAAGCGCAAAGAGUACAUGGUGCGCUAGGACCCCGCCGGGGACAGCCGCCCCUCCCCCCCCCCCCGGAUCCCCCACGCCCCUCUAUUUAUUACAGCCCCUCCCUGGUGCGCCUUUGCUCGGGAGUUGCCCUGCGGUGGGGACUUCGUGGGGGGCGCCCACCCCCUGGGAUGCUGCUGACCCCUGGCCUUAAGAGAUUGUAAAAGUGGGGGGUCUCCAGUUGUGUGGGGGGGGUCAGUCUCCCUACGGUGCUGGUGGGGCACAAAUGGGUUGUUGCCUGUGGGGCUGGCUCCCCCCCUCUUUGCAUGGGGCAGGCUGUGGGUUGGGGUGGGGGUCACGUUCUGUACCCCCCAGCGUGGAGUCCUCCUGUCGUCUCACUUUCCAAACCCACCCUGCGGUGUCGUCCGUCCCCCAUCCCUCCCCAGCAGCGAGGAGAGGGGGUGAGAUGCUGAACUGGGUGUGGGGGGGGGGCACCCCUUGUCCUCUCCUGCAGAGACGACCCCCCCCCCCCCCCCCACCGGGUUGCGGUGGGUGUCUGUUUGUGUCAACUCUGGAACUGGUUCCUGUGAAAUAAAACAUAUUGGAUCCCC